AUGAUGGGGCAGCUCGAGCAGUUCCGGCCGAUGCUUGUCAAGCAGCACCACCGCCUCUUGCUGCUGCGGCACGCGACGUGGUGCCACGCGGCCGACUGCAAGGUGACGGACUGCGCCGAGAUGAAGACGCUCUGGAACCACAUGCCGACGUGCGGCCAGACGAGCAAGUGCGGUGUCCAGCACUGCAUUAGCUCCAAGUACUUGCUGAACCACUUUCAGCAGUGCAACAUCGGGCCGUGCCUCGCGUGCCAGAUCGUGCGCGUGCCACUGGAGGCCAAGGACGCGGCCGGCCAGCAUGAUCAUCUAUAUGAUGAUGUGUGUAACAAGCUGGAGCACUGUGUGUUGUAACCAAGGGUAUAUAAUAAUUAUUAUAUACCCUUGGUUGUAACACAUCAUAAUAUGAGGUCAGUCAAAAC